UUUUGGAGAUGCUACCUUCUUUUGUAAUAUAAAAUUGGGUCGUCGUCGUAUGGAAUAUCAUCACUUUGCUGUUGUAUCAGGGUGAUUGGCUGGAGAGAACAAUACCGUCAACGAAACAUGGAUGAACAACUGCAGUGUACUCUACCCAAGUGCAUUCUUCUUCGUAUUAUCAGUACGCAAUCGGUUGAUGACGGGGUUGUGCUGUUGCCGUUUGUCGUAUCGUUGAAGUCUGGGUCGAUCACUGGUGUACCAAUGUCUCCCGUGUAUGGUGGAUACCAAGGCACUACACCGCCGCCUUACUACACAACGACAACAUUCGCAACAACCGGUUACUACACCGAGUCGCCCAAUUACUACACCAACAAGGCUCCAGAUUAUUACACCACAACUUAUGCUUCCCCGAGCCACAACACCGCAGCCCCGAAGUAUUACUCUGCCUCAAGCUAGACAACUAUAACUUAGGUGGCCAAGUAAAACGCAGCCCCGACUUACUACACAGCGGCUGCUCCUUCGUACUACGUUGAACCGGAAUACUACACCGAGGCUCCAGUUUACUACCCCACAACCUACGCUACACAUAGCUGCUACACCGAGGGUCCUAUGUUCUACACUACCAAGGCACCUGAGUAUUAUACCACUUCUUACGCUGCUCCGACCAACUACACCGAAGCUCCGAAGUAUUACUCUAUCCCGAUUUACUACACCACUAAGGCAACUGAAUAUUACACCACACCCUACGCUUCUCCAACUUACUACAUGGACGUUUCUUAAUACUCAAGUCGAAUUUUCAAUUUAAAUAAUCAUGUUCAUUUUUGUCGGUCAUAUCUUAAUAAUUACUAGUCACUGGGAAUUGUUGAUCUUUAAAAGAGAAAUAGAAUUUUUUUUAACUGGGUAAUCAUUUUGUACGACUUCUCUUGCCACCUAAAAGCCUUGACAUUGCGACGUUUUCUGAUUUUGAUUGGAUCUUUCCCAUUUCGUAUGUUGAAGGUGGCUAUUUCUCUAGUCGCUCUGCAUUCCGACAUGUUCUAGUGUUUGGACGAACUUUAUUUACAGGGCAAGAUUCGAAAGAAAUGUACUGUGGUGUUAACUAAAAAUUUUCGAUGUUAAUAGUUCUGUUUUUAACUUAAGUUGGGGUAAAAAAGGUGUUGUAGAUAAUGUUUGGUUUGUCACAGCAAUUUAUUUGAAAAAUCUGAAGAUCAUCAGUCACAAAAAUAUACAAGUCAAAUGCUAAACA